CGGGAGCCUAUACAUCGCUGUAGCUGUACCCCACGCGACAUCUAUGAGAGCUCUUACACGGCUCAAAUUGAGAUCGUAGGUCUUCCAACAGCUUGUAGACUCCCACUCGUGUAUGCUUGGAGCAUGCGCAAGCUCUUCCGACGUGCCUCACGGUCUCCCUUGCGGAAUUCGUAGACUCGCUGCUUGCCCCAGACUCGAGACUCGCGCGCUUCCCCUCUCUUCCACCCAUCAUCGAGCAUUCACUAAUCGCGCGUUGGAACAGGCCGCAAGACCCAGAAACCGCAUGAUCACAAGAGGUGCGACACCGCGACGGAGGACACCAUGGGGAAGCUACUGAGCUUAGGGACGAAGCUCAAAUAUCCCAUCACUAUCAAUAAGCUCCUCAAGCAUCCCGGCAAUGAGAUCAAGCGUAAAGAACCCAUCCUGUCAUACAAGUUCACGUGGAUGCAAACAGUUGGCGACCCCCUUGGGGAAAAUUGGGAGGAGGAGCAGACAACCAUCGCGGACUGGGAUAGUCCAGCAGAUGGCACCAUAAAGGAGUGGAAGAUUAAGGAAGGAGCAGUCAUCCAGAGUGAUCUGAAGUUCGUCGAUAUCGAAGAGACAUGUCCACACUCAGUUCAGUUCCAGGGACUCUGCGGAAUGUGUGGGAAGGACAUGACGGAAAUGAGCUGGGCGUCCGCGUCGGACGACACAGAUCGAGCGAAAAUCAACAUGAUCCAUGAUCAGACUGCCCUUCGAGUCAGUGAAGAUGAAGCUUCAAGAGCUGAGGAAGAAUCACAACGGCGGCUGCUCAAGCACAGAAAGCUUUCUCUCGUGGUCGAUCUAGACCAAACGAUUAUACACGCAUGCAUCGAGCCCACUGUUGGAGACUGGCAAGACGAUCCGAACUCACCGAACCACGAAGCUGUCAAGGACGUGGCAAAAUUUCAGCUGAAAGAUGAAGGUGUCCGAGGUCUAGCUUCAGCUUGCUGGUACUAUAUCAAGAUGCGGCCUGGUCUGAAGGAAUUCUUAAACAAGGUUGCGGAGAUGUAUGAACUACAUGUUUACACCAUGGGCACUCGCGCAUACGCCAUGAACAUCGCCAAGAUCGUCGAUCCCGACAGAAAGCUGUUUGGAGAUAGGAUUAUCAGCAGAGACGAGAAUGGCAACAUCACUACGAAAAGUCUGGCACGGCUUUUCCCGGUGGACACAAAAAUGGUGGUUAUCAUUGACGACCGGGCAGAUGUUUGGCCAAAGAACCGACCAAAUCUGAUCAAGGUCGUUCCAUACGACUUCUUCCUCGGAAUUGGAGACAUCAAUUCAAGCUUCCUACCCAAGAGAGAGGAACUGCCUAAGAUGACACAAGCACCGAAGAAGAAGCACACGAAAAUCGAUACGGAUGAGACAGAUUCAACCAAGAAUGGAGAAGAUUCUACCCCGGACCCGGACGCGAGCAAGCCAGCGGACCAAGAAAAGGCACAGGAAGAACCGGAGGCAGAUGGCUCUCGAGUCAGUGCUUUAGAAGAGCUGGUAAGAAUGGGUGGUGGAGAUGAUCUGGCAUUGCGACUCGAACAGGCUGCUGAACAGGAGAAAUUUUUGGAAAAGCAAUUGACUGAACGCCCAUUAUUGCAUAUGCAAGAGAAGCUCGAUCAGGAAGAAGACGAUGAUGCUACCAUUACGGAUGAGUCCAGGAAUGGAGAUACAGCACAUGAACAUCCACACCACAAACACAAUCUUCUCAAAGAUGACGAUGUUGAACUGACAUACCUUGAGAAGCAUUUGGCUCAAUUGCACAAGGCGUUCUAUGAGGAGUACGAUCGUGCUCUUGUCAAUGCACAUGGAGGACGUGUCGCACAGCUGAAACCUGGACACAACAAGAAAGUAUCCAUCAAAGACGAGUCAGCAGAUCUGAGAAUUGUUCCUGAUAUCGGAAAUGUCAUGCCGCGACUGAAAGCAAAGACUUUGGCUGGCUGCACGAUAGUAAUGUCCGGUUUGGUGCCACUCCAAGCGGAUAUUAUGAGAACCGAGAUUGCUAUCCAAGCCAUUAGCUUUGGGGCAGAGAUCCAAACCAAGGUCAAUCGAAAGGUCACCCAUUUGGUUGCCUCAACAAGCAGAACUCGCACACAUAAAGUACGGCAAGCUGCUAAAUACGAACAUAUCAAGAUCGUGAAUCAACAAUGGCUACUCAAUUCUAUAAGCAAGUGGGAGAAGGAUGAUGAAACCUCAUAUCUUGUGGAGAUUCACGAGCAAGACAAGAUCCGAGAGGAGGGCUUCAACUCCAGCGCACCGUCUUCCAUUCAUGACUCCGACGAAAGCUCUGAAGACUCCGCUAGCGACGAAGAGGAGAGUGAUCAUGUCCCGGCCAGGGAAGAAGAAGUAGCCGAAGACUUAGAAGGUGUUAUGCCUGAAGCAAUCGAAGAAGGUCAUUCCCCAGUCGACGAUCUGAAAGGUUUCAACUGGGGUGAGAUCGACGAAGAACUUGAGUCUUUCAUGGGUUCUGACGAUUCCGAGUCAGAAAACGACAGUGGUGCAGAGAGCGUCGCUUCCGAUAUCAGCAUUCGAAGUCGAACGAGCAACAAGAUCGUACCGAAGAAGAGAAAAGUUGGUGAUAUAACCGACGACGAAAAUAGCGGAGACGAGAGCACCUUGGCGAAGAAACAACGAAUUGCAAAUUCGAGGUCGACGGGAUUGAAGACUGUCAAGACCCCGAAUAGUAUGCAAUCUGAGAGCAGCUUGCCCACACCGGGUCCAACUGGUGAUGAGGAUGGCGAAGAAGAUGCAGUAGAUCAGAUUCCUACUGGAGAUGAUGAUGACGGCGACGAUCCAUUUGGUGACGACUUGGAAGCUGAUCUGAUGGCCGAAUUCGAACGAGAGGAAGAAGAAUUUAAAGAUGGCGGGGGUGGAUAGCGAGAUCCAAUACCUUGGAGAGGUGAAACGAUGUUAGGAAUUGUCUUCUUGUUUAUUACCCUUUUUACGUAUUUUCAGCAGAGGAGCAGCAGAGUUCUUGCAUACCCGAUGGUGAACGGGUUGGCGUUUUACGGCUCAACGGUAUGGAUGAAUGGCGGCGUAAUUCCUGCUGAGAUGUGGACUGGACCUGGUGUUAUUUGGGUUCUUACUUUUAGCAUAGCAGGAUGGCGCGACAUUGUCGAUUCAUGAAACUCGAAAUCCGUUCCUCGUAGAGGACCCCAUACAUAAUACUUCC